AUGGAUUCAGCCAGAUUAACUAGUGCUAAACAGAAGUUAGGGAUAACAUAUGAAUUAAAACCAGAACAGAUAUCAGCACUUCGUGCAUUUACAGAAUCGAAGGACCUUGUGUGUUUACUACCAACUGGUUUUGGGAAAAGUGUCAUUUUUCAGCUGAUGCCAUUUAUUACCGACGAUCCCAUGGCAGUUGUCCUUGUUAUAUCGCCAUUGAACGCGAUUAUGAAGGAUCAGGUUAUGAAACUAUGCAAAAGCGGAAUUCCAGCUUGUUUCCUAGAUAUAACGGGAAGAGAUGGUUCUACCUACAUGUUGAAACCUGCAUUGGGGACGGAUAUUGUGGAUGAAAGUGAGGAAAGAGAGGACAGCAGUAUUGAUGAUGAAACUGAUGAAGAUGUUGGGAAGCUGCUGAUGAAAGUUUCUCCAGAAGAAGUGGCAGCUGGAAAAUUCCGCCUUAUUUAUGCCCAUGUAGAGGCAUUCCUUUCUUCAAGAGAAGGAAGGAAAAUUCUACAAAGCCAAGCUUUGCAGGAUCACGUGUGUGGUAUCUGCAUAGAUGAAGCACACAUGAUACAAGAAUGGGGUGAAGACUUUCGAAAGGACUUUGCUAGGAUACAAGAAUUGCUGGACAUUUUCCCUAGAGUACCUGUGUCCCAUUUUACAGCAACAGCAUCACAAUCGACAAAGGAAAAGCUGGUAAAAAACCUUGGUUUAAGGAAUCCCACUUUUAUUUCAAAGAAUCCAGACAGACCAAACAUCAGGUAUUACAAAUACCAACGACUACCCAGCAUGCGACAAGAGGAUGACCUUGACAAAAUUUUAGGAGAUAUUGUGACAGGUCUACAAAAGGACAGAAGACAUUAUCCUCUCACUUUCGUUUACACUGAUCUGGAGUCAAUUAGGUAUGGCUACAGAUUUAUGGAGAAACUGGGUAAAUCUGAUCCAAUAAUUAGAGUAGUUCUGGCAAAGGUAGCCCUUGGCAUAGGUGUGCAUGCACCUGCCGAUCGAAAGGUCAUUCAUUUGUUAAUAAGCAUGGAUGUCAUGAUACAUACCUGGAACCCUCCUUUUACUUGA